AUGGAGCCGUUUCUUCCACUGGCAAGGCUCCACACAGCUUCCUUGAGCCUAGCGGGCUUCUGCCAAGAUGUGUCCUGUGCCGAUCAGUGGUCGUUCUCCCGGGCGGCGAAGAAUACGCUGCGCGAGGCCGUCCAGUUCCUACGUGAUCAGGCGGGGCUAGGCCCCGAGGCUCCCACGAGCCAGGCCAACAACAGCAAAGUUCUGGGAGACCUGGCGGUUUGGAUGGAUCCAGGGGCUGAAGAUGCCGAGCCCGACUUGGAGGCACAUCUGAAUUUUGUGCUCGACUCGGGGGUAGAUCUUUUGGGACUCUACCGGGCAGCUCCGGAUCGCUUCACGGCGGAUGGGAAGCCUCUCAAUCUCCAGGACUUCGGGGAUCUCUUCCUGGGGCCACUGGCAGACUUCGCCGAGGUGGCCCGUGAGGGCCUGGUGAUAGAGGACUGA